UAGCCCAUUCAAGUUACGCGUGCCAGCUAUUGAAGAUGAGGUUGCCGAGUAUCCAGUCUGUUUCCGUUGUAUGAUAUUCUUCGCAGCCAUACCAGGCCGCAAUCGGAGCGCAAGGAUGACAUGCAUCCUGCUCUCUCGACCUGAUACCCUGGAAUGUACACAGUGCAGCUCGGGUAGCUAGGGUGUCUCCAACUGGAUGCGCCCUCUCCUGCACAAGAGUCAUGGGUAGCGUACUGGGCACCUUCUCGUUUUCGCCGAUCGGUGAAGGAAAUUUGGACUUGACAUGAAUGGGGUGGCCCAUACCCUGGGCAUACUUACCGGAUUGCACUUAUACUCAGGCAAUCUGCACGACUGAGUCCCCUAUCACACUGUUCCAGCUUCCAUCCAGAGCUCCUUCCUGUUUAUUCUGUCUCAUUCCAUCCAAGCAAGGGCAUGGCUCUCAGUGUCGAAAAUAUAGAGAAAGCGGAGGUAUGCGAGGUAGUCGUCUCGCCCAUCGACCUCAGCAAGGGUUCCGGAUAUGUUUUAGAUGCAUCCGCAAGUGGUGCGGAGCUGCUAAAAAAGACCACUGAUGGGAAGACCGUCCUAAUACCUCAACCCACCGACGAUAAAGCCGAUCCCCUAAACUGGUCAAAAUACAAGAAACAUGCAAUUCUCCUUGUGGUAUCUGCCGCAGCAUUCCUGCCCGACUUUACGUCCGCGAUUGGAGCUGUCGCAUUGGUACCUCAAUCCGUCCAGUACGGUAAGGUACCAGACGGCAUUAUUCCAUCUCUCGCGGGGAAUAUCUUUAUGCUCGGCGCCGGUGGCGUUCUAGUAGUCCCUGCGAUGGCCUACUUUGGACGUCUUCCAGUCUUGUUCUGGUUUAUUCUCAUGGCGCUUUGGUCAACGGCCUGGUGUGCUGCCCCAGCAAACUUUGAGCAGUUCAUGGCUGCCCGAAUUAUCAACGGGUUCUUCUCCACAGUUGCACAAGGAGGUGGAUUGAUCUUCAUCAACGACAUCUUUUUCGUUCAUGAGCAUGCUCGGAAAAUCAAUAUUUGGUCCUCCUUCAUCAUCAUAUCGCCUUACCUCAGCCCUCUAAUAACAGCGUUCAUUAUCGAGAAGCAUGAAUGGAAUUGGGCUUUUUGGCUAGCGACCCUCCUUCAUGGCCUCUGUCUCAUUGCUAUCGUGUGCAUUGGUGAGGAGACUUACUAUGAUCGACGCAUUCCAGAAGACCAACAACCUGCUCAAUCCUCACGCCUGAAGCGUCUCGUUGGCGUCGAGCAAUGGAAGUCUCGAGAGCGUCGCAACUCCUUCGUCGGUGCCUUUUCACGGCCUGUCCUUGCCAUUUGCAAGCCCGUUGUGCUGAUCUGUACGAUCUACUACUUUCUCAUUUUCGCGUGGACAGUUGGCGUUAAUACUACGCUUAGUAUCUUCCUCCAACCGCUAUACGGCUUCGGUGGGACUCAGCUUGGGUAUUUUUAUUUUACAGCCGUUGUCGCGGGCAUACUCGGUGAAGUGACAGGUCAUUGGCUCCAUGAUUAUAAUGCUUCGUUUUGGAUGCGUCGCAAUAAGGGGGUUCUCGAACCGGAAGCUCGACUUUGGGUUCUCUGGAUAGCCACCCCUUUCAUGGUUGCCGGCCUCAUCCUGGUCGGCUUUGCGUAUCAUAACGUCUACCACUACAUGGUCGUCGCAUUUGGUUGGGGCAUCAACGUCUUUGGGAUUAUGAUCAGCACUGUCGGUCUCAAUGCCUACGUCCUCGACUCGUACCCGAAUGCGUCUGGAGAGGUCUCAGCUUGGCUGAACUUCGGGAGAACUACUGGAGGUUUCAUGGUUACGUAUGUUCAGAUUCGCUGGGCUACGAAGAUGGGUCCGCAAAACAGCUUUUCUAUCCAAGGAUCGAUUGUUGCAGCUGCGUUCUUCCUUAUCGUUGGACUCCAAGUUUGGGGAAAGAGACUGCGGAAGUGGGGUGGCGAGCUUAAAUUCCAGACCAACUAAAGAGGAAGCCCACCACUUGAGAUUGACGUACUGUUACAUCCUACCAAUUUCCCCUAUGUCGGACUGCUCCCUCCAAAGGCGCCUUAGUCUCUAUGGAUUGGAAAUUCAGUUCAAUGGCAACGACCCUGG